UCUUUCUCCUUCUCUUAUUCCCUCCCGGCUUCUCCUUCCUUCUCCUUCUCCUCUCCACGGGGCUGGAUGCGCUCCGGAGGGGAAGGCGCGCCGCAAUCUCCCUCCAGAGGAGCCUCAAGGGGCCCUUGGCGGCAAUACAGCUGGACUGAAAAGCCAGGAGCAACGGCAAGAGCGUCCCUUUAAAAUGCUGGAGCUCAGUGGAAAGAUGGGGUCUGAAUUGUUAGCAUCAUGGCUACAAGUGCUGUUCCAAGUGAAAACCUCCCUACAUACAAGCUGGUAGUGGUUGGGGACGGAGGUGUGGGAAAGAGUGCCCUCACCAUUCAGUUUUUCCAGAAGAUAUUUGUGCCAGACUAUGACCCAACCAUUGAAGAUUCAUACCUGAAGCAUACAGAAAUAGAUGGGCAAUGGGCAAUUCUGGAUGUCCUAGAUACUGCAGGCCAAGAAGAAUUCAGCGCAAUGAGAGAGCAGUACAUGAGGACAGGGGAUGGGUUCCUUAUAGUCUAUUCAGUCACAGAUAAAGCCAGCUUUGAGCACGUGGACAGAUUUCAUCAACUUAUUCUCCGAGUCAAAGACAGAGAAUCUUUUCCAAUGAUUUUAGUGGCCAACAAAGUUGAUCUAAUGCAUUUGAGAAAAAUCACUCGGGAACAAGGAAAGGAAAUGGCAGCAAAGCACAAUAUUCCAUAUAUAGAAACCAGUGCUAAGGACCCCCCACUAAAUGUUGACAAAGCUUUCCAUGAUCUUGUUCGUGUAAUCAGGCAACAAGUCCCAGAGAAAAGUCAGAAGAAAAAGAAAAAGACAAAAUGGCGAGGAGAUAGAACAGCCACUUCCCACAAACUACAGUGUGUGAUUUUGUGACCUGCCUCUUCCUUGUUUUGCUGUAUUCAUUCCAACUUGAACCUAAUUUGAACUAAAAGAAGAAAACCAGCCCUUGAAACACCGUCAGUGUUAACAUUUCAAGAACAGUGGUUCGUGCACUGGGGGGGGGAGCCUUGACAAGAAGCAGGGCCUCAGGCAUUUCUUGAAGCUCGGCCAAAUGACUGCUUGGCAAAUGGUGAAGGAUGGUUUAUAGAAGGGGGGACAUGUGCCCUGGGAAAGAAGGGAGCAAAACUUAGGACUGGAGUUUUAUGAAUGUCGACCAUCUCAAAAAUCUUUAUUUUGUAAUAGGGAGGGAGGGGGUAUGAGCUAACAGGCCAAGAUUUCUAAGCAUGGCUCAUUUCUAAACAGUGAGAACUGACUAGAUUUUGUACAGUGGGGGGGGGGGUAAGUACUUCCUUGCUCAGCCAGCAACUGAGAAAGAAAUACAGUGGGAUUUGUGUUUUGUUUUGUUUUUUCGUGCACUGGACAGUCCCAGAUAUAGUCAGUAAUGCCAAACUGCAACUUUAUAUGAAAAAGUACAUAGGUUUGAAGCAAGAAAAUGAAUUCCAGCUGCUCUGGGGACUCCAGACAUUGUGUCAGAGGCUGGAGAGGAGCCAGCUCUCCAUCUGUAAAAACGCCAGCAAAGAGGAUGCAGGAAUGGGGUUGGUUAGUUGGUUGGUUGGUUGUCCUUGUCCUUGUUGUUAAUCGCAAGGGAGGUGGGGUAUAAUUUUGUCUUGUCUUGUCUUGUCUUGUUUUAUUAGCAUGUCAAGGCUGUCGUGUGGGAGGGGAGGAAGGGGUAGCCAUUUUGCUAAUCCUGAAAAUAUUUAAAUUAAACAUUAUUUACAAAAUG